GCAAAGGGAACAUCAUGAUAUCGAUGGGUUCCCGAGUAUGGUACUGGGUCAUCUACUCCCUCCUCCUCCUCUCAAAGGCUUGGGGGCGGAAUGUGCUGCUCAUUAUCGGAGAUGACGCAGGCUUUGAGAGUGAAGUUUAUAACAAUACAGCUAUCCACACACCUAACCUUCGGGAUCUUUCCAAGAGGAGUCUCAUCUUCAAAAAUGCAUUUACCUCUGUCAGUAGCUGCUCUCCAAGCAGGGCUGCUAUCAUGACUGGCUUGCCCCAGCACCAGAAUGGAAUGUAUGGCUUGCAUCAGGACAUGCAUCACUUUAAUUCGUUUGAUGAUGUAAGAAGCUUACCUCUUAUACUCAGACAGGCUGGGAUCCGUACAGGAAUCAUUGGCAAGAAGCAUAUAGGACCGGAGUCGGUUUAUCCAUUUGAUUUUUCCUACACAGAGGAGAACAGCUCCGUUCUACAAGUCGGCCGUAACAUUACAAGGAUCAAGUUGCUAGUUCGGAAAUUCUUGCAAAGCCAAGAUCAAAGGCCUUUCCUCUUAUAUGUGGCUUUUCAUGAUCCACACCGCUGCGGACACUCACAGCCUCAGUAUGGAGCUUUCUGUGAGAAGUUUGGAAAUGGAGACCCUGAUAUGGGGAUUAUGCCAGACUGGUCACCCCAGUACUAUACUCCAGAGCAGGUUCAGGUACCUUAUUUCAUCCAAGAUACCCCCAGUGCUAGAAAAGAUAUUGCAGCCCAGUACACAACUAUUGGCCGCAUGGACCAAGGGAUUGGAUUGGUCCUGUCAGAACUGUACAAUGCAGGGCACGAGAAUGACACCUUAGUGAUCUUCAGCUCAGAUAAUGGUAUUCCUUUUCCCAAUGGACGCACCAACUUGUACUGGUCCGGAAGAGCUGAGCCACUGCUGGUGUCAUCACCUUAUCAUCAAAAACGCUGGGGACAAAUAAGUCAGUCCUUUGCUAGCCUGCUUGAUAUUACACCGACUGUCCUAGACUGGUUUUCAAUCCCGUAUCCUAAUUACAAAAUAUUUGGUAAGAGUGUUCAGCUUACUGGAAAGUCCCUCCUUCCAGCUCUGCAGUCUGAGCAGGAUUGGACCACAGUAUUUGGGAGCCAGUCUCACCAUGAGGUCACUAUGUACUACCCAAUGAGGUCUGUUCAGAAUUUACAGUACCUGUUGAUACACAACCUCAAUUUCAAGAUGCCGUUCCCCAUUGACCAGGAUUUCUAUGUGUCACCAACCUUUCAAGAUCUUUUGAAUAGGACAGUCUCUGGUCAGCCUACAAGCUGGUUCAAAACCCUUCAUAACUAUUACUACAGGGACCGAUGGGAACUGUACGACCGGUCAGCAGACAUUUCUGAGAUUAAAAAUAUAGCUGAAGACCCUGCCUACCAGGAUAUAUUGAAGUCUAUGCAGAACAUACUACAGAAGUGGCAAAGCGAGACCAGUGAUCCUUGGAUGUGUGCUCCCGAUGGAGUUUUGGAGGAGAAGCUUGAACCCCAGUGCCGCCCACUUUAUAAUGAGCUGUAGAACUCACAUUUAAUUGUUAUAAAAGCUUAAUUCUA